UGUACACACUGUCCAUAGCGCCUCCUCAGUGCUCCCACUAAAGCACCAUAAUCAUGUCUGUCCUCGGGGCUAAUCAAUAUCAAACAGGCCAGAGCCUCAUCCGUGAGGCAUAAAGCCAACUGCAGUGCCCUUUCUUCAUCCGACCACCCCCUAAAAUGAGCUAACAGUUCAAACUGAGCAUGAAAAGCUUCCCAAUCCGCCUUACCGGAAUACUUCGGGGUCUUAACAGAUACGGACGCAGCCGGGGACUGGGCGCCCCCAUGUUUGUUUACAUCCUGAGCCCCAGAUUCCUCGUCCCGCCGCGUCGACGUCACCACUUCGGCCCGCCCACCAGAAUCCGCGUGAAACACAGUCGACGAAGCACUCAUGCCCGCUUCAGCCGCCAUCACUCUAACGUCCUCCCUCAAGCGGCCUCUGGGCUCCGACGCCCUAGCGAUCUCCUCAGCCAGAACCCCCGACGUCCAUGCACACGCACCUCCUUGGCCAUAAUCGUCCCCUACCUCCACCUUCACUUUCGGAUUCCCUCGAAGCAUUUUCACCCCCGUUCUCACCUACGGUAGCUAGCCACAGAAGUCAGCUAGCUAGCUGGCUAACUUUUAUCACCGUUUUUACUUCUGACACCAAUGUAAUGACCUGACUAGAUCAUAAAAGAACAACUGUCCAGACAGAGGAUUGAGUUUACGAAUGGACGGUUUAUUAAACCAACUUUACACAGGCUACUGUUUGGCCGUAGCCCACGCCAAAUAAAUGAAAGAUAACCCACAAGCCAAUCGUGACCUUCUCUUGUGAAGCCCAGACGUAAGAGAGAGAACAAAGGCAAAACCCGGUCUUAACUUCCAAUGCUCCAUCCCCCUGCCCAACCCCCCUCCACGCCACUCCGCCAACCGCCAGGAUGCCCGGCAUCAGAACAUUCCAGGCAUUCCCGUGAUUGGCAGAUAGCAGGUUGAUUGACAUGUCGGACCCCGCGAACACAACCACCUACUAGCCUAACACAUAACACACAGCUGUCUGUGCGGGUCGCUACAAUAUUGAUUUGCUUUGGAAUGUCUAACCAGUGUAUUAUGAAAGCUGGCUAGAUUUUGGUUUAGGUAAACAAAUGGAGUUCGCUAGCUAAUUUAGCUAUGUUACGUCUGUCCGACUUCUUCUUAGUAAGGUAACUGAUGAAAUGUUACCCUACGUUUGCUUUUAGUUUGCACAUGCAGGUACUGAGCACCACACCAUGACUAAACUUUACAGUUGUUGUCAACACAAAAAUAAAAAGUUAUUCGCAAGCCAAUGUUCGAUAAAAUAUUGCAGUUUUGAAACUGCAGUAAAAGUGCAGUAACUGCAGUCAACUGGUAUUUUGGACACAGUAAUUUCAGAAUAACUGCAGUUAACAUGCACUCUGAUUGCAGUCUUUUUCGUAAGGGUUGUUGUGCACUCACUGUAACUGGGUGGCAAUGGGAGUGACUUUUCACAUGAGCUAAAAACUUCUCAAUUUCUAAUGCCUGUGUUGAGUCAGGCAUAGAGACACAUUGGUUGGGAAUUGUGGGGAGGUGGGUAUUCGGGCUAUAAGUCCCUGCUGAUGUUCUAAAGAGGUCAAUCUAACUUGACCAUAACAAUGGAAUUGGCAUGGAAACACGUGGGGGAAAGGGUCGAGGUGAAAGAUCCAGAGUCUCCUCAUUGCCCCCCAGCAAAAUUUGCCUACAUUUAGGCUAUUGUUUUAUAUGUUUAUUUCACACCAUUUUGAGGUAAAAAUCUAAGUAUAACGCUUGCAUGGAUGUCAACCCCAACAAAUGUUCAUCACGUCAUUGUUACCAAUCAACUGCAUUACAGUUAAAAACUACUUUGACUACCAUCAACAAUUUCUUUAUGCUAGCUAUGCUAACCAGUUAUAAUAACAGGAGUUAGCAUUUAGCAGUCACUUCUUCUAUGCAGUGAAAACAGAUUUAAGUAUGCACAUUGCGGGCCUGUUACAUUACAUAAAUCAUGACAGAUUUGACAGAUACCCGCUUUGUUAGACCACAUUUGUUGAUUGUGCGCCAAUCUGGACAAUGGAACGUCUGCGUUCCUAUGGGACACCAGGCUAUCAACUCUCAAGGAUUAUUUUAUUUCACAAUGGACUCGAGAGACUGGGCACAUUCCCCUGCCAGAUAUUACAACGCCUGGAUAGCUAUUUUACAUAUCAGCUAACCACAUCAUGGUCGCCUUCCCCUGCUCAGACGUUGCAUGCAUCAACCAAUGAUUGCGUGCCACGUCACCGACUGUGUCAUUGACUGACAGAUUGCGGUUAUCUGAAAUGUAAAAUAUCUUAUCCAGGCGUUGUAAGAUCUGGCAGGCGUCAGCAACCUCUGGGCAGAGGAACAUGACCAAAAUGUUAUCGCAAUCUGUCAGUUGAUGACACAGUUGAUGACAUGGAACGCAACCCAUUGGUUGAGGCAUGUCCUUUCUGAAGCUUCUAUCUUAGUCCAAAACAUGUAUGUGUAUGCACAGCAAUGUUCUAUACAGUGGUUCCCAAACUUUUUAUAGUCCUGUACACCUUCAAACAUUCAACCUCCAGCUGAGUCCCCCCUCCAGCACCAGGGUCAGCGCACUCUCAAAUGUUGUUUUUUGCAAUCAUUGUAAGCCUGCCACACUAUACAUUUAUUAAACAUAAGAAUGAGUGUGAGUUUUUGUCACAUCCCGGCUCAUGGGAAGUGACAAAGAGCACUUAUAGGACCAGGGCACAAAUAAUAAUAUAAUAAUCAAAAAUGUUGCUCUUUAUUUAGCUAUUUUACAUAUAAAACUUUAUUUGUUCAUCGAAAAAUGUGAAUAACUCACCACAGGUUAAUGAGAAGGGUGUGCUUGAAAGGAUGCACAUAACUCUGCAAUGUUGGGUUGUAUUGGAGAGAGUCUCAGUCUUAAAUCAUUUUCCACACACAGUCUGUGCCUGUAUUUAGUUUUCAUGCUAGUGAGGGACGAGAAUCCACUCUCACAUAGGUACCUGGUUGCAAAGGGCAUCAGUGUCUUAACAGCACAAUUUGCCAAGGCAGGAUACUCUGAGCUCAGCCCAAUCCAGAAAUCUGACAGUGGCUUCUGAUUAAAUAUCACAGAACCGCUUGUUGCAAUUUCGAUGAGGCUCUCUUGUUCAGUGGACUGGAGGCAGGGCAUGAAAGGGAUAAGGAAUCCAGUUGUUUGUGUCAUCCGUUUCAGUUAAGUACCUGCGUAUUUGCGCACCCAACUCACUCAGGUGCUUUGCAAUAUCACAUUUGACAUUGUCCAUAAGCUAGAGUUAAUUUGCACACAAAAAAUCAUACAAUGAUGGAAAGACCUGUGUGUUGUCCUUGUUAAUGCAGACAGAGAAGAGCUCCAGCUUCUUAAUCAUAGCCUCAAAUUUGUCCCGCACAGAGAGUCCCUGUAAUCCUAGAUUCAGAUCAUUCAGGCGAGAAAAAACAUCACCCAGAUAGGCCAGUCAUGUGAGAAACUCAUCAUCAUGCAAGCGGUCAGACAAGUGAAAAUUAUGGUCAGUAAAGAAAACUUUAAACUUGUCUCACAAUUAAAAAAAAAAUGUAAAUACUUUGCCCCUUGAUAACCAGCGCACUUCUGUAUGUUGUAAAAGCAUUACAUGGUUGCUGCCCAUAUCAUUGCAUAGUGCAGAAAAUACACCAGAGUUCAGGGGCCUUGCUUUAACAAAGUUACCCAUUUUCACUGAAGUGUCCAAAACAUCUUUCAAGCUGUCAGGCAUUCUCUUGGCAUGAAGUCGGGCGGAUGCUGCAGUGCACUGACGUGUCAUUGGGAGCAAGCAUUACCACUCCACUAUGUCUCCCUGUCAUGGCUUUUGCGCCAUCAGUACAGAUACCAACAUGAGCAACAGCUACGUUUAGCUACUUACGGACUGUUAGUGGAAUUUCCGUGAGAGAGUAAUGGUUCAUAUGAUUGGAUGUUAAUUAUUUGACUAGGCUACCUGUAUUUGUGUUGUUAUUUCGUACUGGAGCCGCCUUAUUGGGGAGAUGCACGUUUGGUAGGUAUGUCACAAAUUGGAAAUCGGACUAUCGCGUUUUAGCGUCUGUGAACUAUUGCCGCGUUCAAAACAACUGGGAAAUCUGAAAUCAACGACUUCCGAGUACAGUGCGUCCAAGACAACUGGGAACUCAUAGAAACGAGCUCCAGCUGGGAAACCUCUUUAGAACGGUCAAGAGCUUUCUAGAGCUCAAAAUUUCCGACCUGAAGAUCGCUUAUAUCAUGAUUUAAUCCCGUUUUUUCCCCCGAAACCCAUUUGUGUUGAACGUGCCCUUUAAAUUUAUGCUUGAGCCCUGCCCCGCCAGAGAUGACUGUUGCUAAGGACGCAUUUCCCAAGCAAGAUGGCUGCUGUCAAAAAACAAAUAAGAAACUCUCGCUACUAUGUCGGAGAAGUAACAAAUCUUACCCGGAACGGGUUUGGCGUGUAUGUGUAUCCAAACAGCUUUUUUCGCUAUGAGGGAGAGUGGAGUAAGGGCGAAAAACAUGGGCAUGGAAAACUCUUGAUGAAAGAUGGAAGUUACUACGAGGGAGAGUUUGCUCAUGGGGAAAUAGAGGGGAAUGGGUCAAGGUUCUGGGCAAAAACAGGUGUAUCCUAUUCUGGCCAGUUCAGUGGAGGGGAGCUUCAUGGAUGUGGUGUGAUGCAGAAAGGCAAUGGAGAGAGAUACAAGGGAGAGUUCUCCUACGGACUCCGAGAUGGCAAUGGGUUUCUGUUGGAUAAGGAUGGACAAACAUACGAGGGAUCAUUUCAUCAAAACAAGCGGCAUGGUGAAGGACAAAUGCAUUACAGGAAUGGGGAUCAAUAUGAAGGAGGUUGGCUUCUGGACCAACAACAAGGCCACGGAGUGAUGCACUUUGGGGAUGGAUCAGUGUACGAGGGCCAAUGGCGUAAUAACCUCUUCAACGGCCAGGGGACCAUGAUCCACUGUUCUGGGAUUAUCUAUGAGGGGGUGUGGACAAACGGCAGACCGCUAGGUGGCGCUUCGAAAGUUGUAAUAGAGGGAGGAGAUGUCUUGGAGGUCUUCCAAGAGACUCCAUUUUGUGUGGAAGUGCAACUGCAGACGGAGGCGGGAGAGAAGGCAACGGGUGAAAAUGGCAGAGUCUUACAAAUAUCCACUGCUAUCAGACUCUGUGAUCUCUCCCCGUCAACAACUCCAGCGAGCCUGCUGAAGAUGAUGGAAGACAUCAAGGAAACACCCAUCCCCACGCCAUUUGGCUUUCAGGUUGUCAGCUACCCUUUGAUGGAGAGAGCCUUUGGAAGCCAGGUCUUCAUAGACACUGCAGCCCCCCUAGCCGUGGCUGCGGUGGCGGCUAAAUCAGGCUCAGCGCAGGCUGUCUCGCCACUGCUUCCCGAGGGCGAGUGGGAGUCUGGAAGCGGAUCAGACGGGCCGCCACUCGUGGGGGGUACCCCCAGCUACCUGGAUGGAAAGGAAGUGAGUGGGGAGCAGAAUCAGUCAGGAGAAGUGGAAUCGACCACCAUCACCGAGUUCUUCUCAGGACUCUAUGCUGGACAAGAGGAGGACUCCACCCCUCCUCCAGCCAAUCAGAGGGUGGAAGAAGGCCAAGCUAAAUUCCAAAAUCUACUGUUGGCCCCUCCCCCUCAUGACUUCAUCCCUUAUCAGCUGAUGGAUGAGCUGAAGAGAAACAUAAAGAAGCCGUCCAACAGAGCCCCAACUGAUAGACCGGGCCUCUCCCAGGACAAGAACUCAGAGCGCAGGUCAAGCACGGGGUCUUGUUUUACCAGCAACAUAAAGAAAAGCUCCAUUGACAGCAGGAGUGUGAGGCCAGGUGAAUAUGUGAUUAUGGUGAAAGAUGUCACCAACCCACCAUUUCAAGGCCAGACCUUACCCCCAGCAUUUGCCCUGCUGCGCUUGUUUCCUGCCAAGACCAAAAGUAAAAACAGCCAGAUGGACAAAACCAAGAGUAAGUGACGUCCUUCAACACGUCAGAGACUUUCAUAGAAGACUUUAGAAGAGAAGCACGACACGACCUUCAGCACUCAGAACCUCACAAUAAACUCUUCAAUGGGACAUAAACAUGUUUGUUCUAGCAUCAACUGUCACAUCAACUUUGGCAUUUAUUACUUCAAAUUGUUUAUACAUGGUCAGAUUUUCAGCCUCAUUUAACCUCAAAUAAAAAUGAGUGAAAUAAAAAUGACUGGUGAAUGACAAUUACUCAACGACCAGCAUGGCCUCAAAGAAUAGACAUAACAUAGUAAAUGUAAAUCUCUGACCCGCCAAUUAGUAUGAUAUGUUACAUUUGGUAUGACAGAAGGUUACUUAAGCCAAAAGGGUCGUUCCGGGGAAUGAGUGCCUUUUUGAUAUUUUUAAGGUCGACUUUGGGCACGAAAAACUGGCCAACUCCACCCCUUUCUCAAUAUUCAAACAGAAAUAGGGUGUGCCUUUGGUGGUUUGUCUGUGUCAUUCUGGUCAUGCGCGCCACAAACGACGUAGCUAGUUCGUCAGCUAAGCUAGCCAGUAACUCCCCCAGUAUGUGUUGACGUCAUUUCACAGGAUUCGUUGAGCUGUAGAGAUUGGUAAGAAAGGGCACUUCUGUAGCCAAAUAUCUUUUUGUUUGUUUUUAAACAUUAAAUGACCUGGUAUGAUGGUGCAUUGAUUAGUUAUACAGUUUAAAGGCUUUAUUUUUGCAGGGUUUGACCAAAGUAGACCUUUAACCCUUUGACAAAUACGAACACACGGGUGACCAUUCUACAGUGGUCGCUGCAGCGUACGCUCAAACCGGUGUGAUUAGAACACUUAUUUAGAACGUUACGAUUGAUACAACAGUCAGCGUUUGAGCUGGUUACACUGUUUUUUCACAGAAUUGUUUUGGCACAAACACAGUCUUUACAAUGUUAUGUCCUCAAAUGUUCAGACAUUCACAGAAGUAGAGACAGCAUAACACAAUUCUCUUCCAAACUGCAAAUUGUAGGCUACAUUAGUCGUAGCGCUAACUGAGGUUCAUGCGGAAAAGUUCAUGCAAAUUAUGUUCUGACUGGAGAUGUGCAAAUGUCUGCAUACUUGAUCUGGGGAAGUGCUUGGGUUCUCCUUGAAGAGAGAAGUUUAUCUGGCUCAGUAAUGCCUCAAACGUAAAUUGUCCGUGAAAUGGGCUACUUUUGAAGUGGAAUGGGCUACUUCUUUGUGAAUUCAUGAGGAGGUGGAACACACCUCAAUUCAAACUGUUCUUAGGAAGUAAAACUUGUUAGAAAAUAAUUUGAAAUCGACAGGUUGAAAAACAGCCUAUGAAUAAUUAGCAGGCAGCGUGCCUUGGUGUGAGGGCAGCCUGGGUUAACUGUCCUGUUCCGUAACAAUCACAUUUUAGAACAGUGAGUGCAUUCUGACAUCACGUGCAUAAAACAACUCACGCUGGGGCGACCGUUAGAGAUAUUUGGAACUCAUAUUAAAAUAAAAUAAAAGCCUGUUUUGUUAAAUGAAGUGCCCUUUAAUGUAGAUCACAUGGGGAAUUUUUAUAUAUAAAUAAAGACUUGCUAAAGUGCUCAAAUUCAGCAUUUUGACAUGUCCCUCUAUGAACCGUCUAGGAAGAUUUUAACCCACUCAUCCCCAAAAAUUCAAAUUUUUUCCACCGUCAUUGCAAAGCCCUAGUUAUUUUGUUACUUUGAUUAUUAUUUAUUUUAUGUGAUUAGUGAUUCACAUCUGUUCCUCAUUUUAAGUUCAACCCUGUUAGGUGAACCAAACUCUCAUUUUAAUAUGGCGAAAAUAUUCCUUUUGAAAAAAAAUAUUCUAAAGAAAUGUUGAACAUAGUUAGUUCUACUCUUUUUGUAACUUUUCUGAUGUUUUAUGCUUAAAAACUGAGUGGGUCAAGCAUAACACUUCAACCUCUGUUACCCAAAGAGAGACAGGUUAGCAAUAAAAAAAAAAAUCUGAAGCUUGCAUUCAAUUGCCACACCUUGUUGCACACAACAAGCUUCCAUAUCCCCUGUCAGAUGAGGAUUUAUGGCUGAUUUAAGAUGAAAUCGUCAACGUUGUUACAUCUACCCUGUUACGGUCUACACUGUUACUUUAUUUGGCAGUUAAUAUGCAAUUACUAUAGUCAUUUUUUUAUUUAACCUCUUGAGAUGUGAAAAUGUUUUUUUUUCCUGAAGUUGAAUAUGUGCUCUUUAUGUCAAAAUGUUUAUUUUUUUAAUGACUUGAAAACCAAAGGAGGGAGGUUAGUCGUGGAGGAUAGGUGGGCAUAUAACGCAAGCGUCUUGGAACCCAAAAGUUGCGUGUUCGAAUCACACAACAGACAACUUUAGCGUUUUAGCUAAUUAGCAACAUUGCAACUAGUUACUAUUUUUUAGCUACUUUGCAACUUAGCAUGUUAGCUAACCCUUCCCCUAACCUUAACUACCAACCCUAACCUUACGCUGCGAGCGAUUGAGGUUAUUCCAGGGCUGUGUGUUUAUUUUCACUCGUUAUACAUGUGCUGAACGGUGUCAUUCCUGAGAAAUGUUCAUUUUAGUAUGUUUGAAAGGCCAGGAUGUCAGACUACUACAGUCAAUGAAAAAUGAAGUAUGUGAUAAUAAUUGGCAUGAGAGGAAGGGGGAUAACACCAUAAGUACUUAAAAAAUAUCUUUCACUCAGUAUAAGUAAUUUAACCUUGUACCAGCUAUUUACAAGCUAAUGGGAGGAAACAUUUAUGGAAGUGUUACCCAAUUCUGUUCUCAAGGUAGGCCUGUAUAUUGUUGUUCCACUCCUGGACUGUGUCAUGUGCAGCUCAUUAACGUUGGGUCGAGCUGAGAACCUAAAUCACGGCUGACAUUAACCUUGUGCUGGAAUUCUCCCCUGUGUUUCUCUCCAAAGGAACAGCAAUAGCUUAUAACAGACUGCAUUUGAGCCCCUGCCUCAGUUCAAGCGUUCGGCUCUAAUGAAAGUAAUUGGACUCAAUUAGAUUUAAAAGUUUAAUAAUGCACCGUAAUGAAACACAAGGAUAACUAACAUGUGCACUUCACUGCUUAGAAAACAACAACAUGUUUAGUAAUUAAGUUUUCAGUGUUCCCACAUGACUUGUGCCCCCAAGGUACAACAGCAGAAGUUAUCCUGGCUCAGUUUUUUGCAAUACUUAAAUAAAAUGUAUUCAUCCUUC